AUGGCCAUCCCCUCCAUCUACCCCACCGACCACGAUGAAGCCGCCCUGCUGGAGCCAUACACGUAUAUCUGCUCGAACCCCGGCAAAGAGAUGCGGACAGAGCUGAUCGAGGCAUUCAAUAUCUGGAUCAAGGUCCCUCCCCAGGAGCUCGCCAUCAUCACCAAGGUGGUUAAGAUGCUCCACACCUCCAGUCUCUUGGUCGAUGAUAUCGAGGAUGACUCUGUCCUGCGUAGGGGCGAGCCUGUGGCACACAAGAUCUUUGGAAUACCCGCGACGAUCAAUUGUGCCAACUAUGUCUACUUCCUGGCACUGGCAGAACUCACCAAGAUCUCCAACCCCAAAAUGCUUACCAUCUUCACCGAGGAGCUAUUGUGCUUGCAUAGAGGACAGGGAAUGGAAUUGCUCUGGAGAGACAGUUUGACAUGCCCGACAGAAGAGGAGUACAUCGCCAUGGUCAACGACAAAACUGGGGGUCUGUUGCGUCUCGCUGUGAAGUUGAUGCAGGCUGCCAGCGACUCUACUGUCGACUAUGUGCCUAUGGUCGAGCUGAUCGGGAUCCACUUUCAGAUUCGGGACGACUAUCUCAACCUCCAGUCUAGUCAGUAUUCUGCGAACAAGGGAUUCUGCGAAGACUUAACAGAAGGCAAAUUCUCAUACCCAAUCAUCCACUCCAUUCGCGCCUCACCCAACAGCCGAAAGCUCCUCAACAUUCUGAAGCAAAAGCCCAAAGAUCACGAGCUCAAAGUCUACGCCGUGAAUCUGAUGAACGCCACAAAGACAUUUGAGUACUGCCGUCAACAGUUGGCGCUUUAUGAAGAACGUGCGAAGGAGGAAGUGAGGCGUUUGGGAGGUAAUGCGCGGUUGGAGAGGAUUAUUGAUCGGUUGAGUAUUCCGGACCCUGCUUCUGCGGAUGCUGAGAAGGAUGCUGUGCCUAUGUUUGUUACCACCUCCACCGCCGGAGGUGAGGCCAAGUAA